GAGAAGGAAACCGACCCCUCCUCCUUUUUCCACUCGAUUCUUUCUUGCUGCACAAGAAGAGCGCCGCCUCGCUCGCCUUAAUCCGCAACCACCCCCGCCCACAGAGGCACCCAAACCUCGCGCGCCCGCAGCCUCCUCCCCCUCGGUUCCGCAGAAUCGGGCGAGCUCGCCGACGGGACUGCUCCGGCCGCCUCGCUCACUCGCUCGCUCGCCGCCGUCGCGCCAUGGCCACGCCGCUGGUAGCUGGGCUGUCGGUAGCUGCUGCUGCGAUGGGAAGCAGAUUCAUGAUUCAGGCAUGGCAGGCCUUUCGAAUCCGGGCGGCGAUGCCACGUGUGCGUAAAUUCUAUCCUGGCGGAUUUGAGAGGGAGAUGAGCAGAAGAGAAGCCGCACUGAUCCUUGGCGUAAGAGAACGUGCUGCACUGGACAAGAUAAAGGAGGCCCACAAGAGGGUAAUGGUAGCCAACCACCCUGAUGGUGGUGGCAGCCAUUACAUUGCUUCCAAGAUAAACGAGGCCAAGGACAUGCUCAUGGGGAAGGGGAAAUCCGGCUCCAUUUUUUAGCCAGUGUAUACGAGAUGGAAGUUAUUUUGGAUUGAUCAUGAUGAGGUAGUGAUUUGCUUUCCAUUGGCAUCAUUAACAUUGUUGUGCUGACACCGUGCAUCUGAACAAAGGUACACGUUAUGGAAACCGAGUGACUUAAUUAUGUGGCUGAUGUAAGUUUACCCAGAGGCUUCAGUUAUUAUGCUAACCUUCUGUUGUGACCAUUGGGCUGUCUUGCUCGAAAGAUUGUACAUUUGGGGCUUAUUGCUUACUGAUAUGCGUGUGUGCUAUCAGUUUGUUUCUCAUUGUUUCCAUUGUUUAAUGUCAUCGUUGAUAAGAACAUAAACUGUUCACGA